GGUGUGUAAAAGUCGGCCUAGGGAGGGUUAGUCCGAGGGGAGCUGCAAGCCCCUAUGCUCUUCUUUCCCAACCAGGUCGGCUUCCCUCCCACUCCCUGGUCCCCGGAAACCUCACCAUGCUGGACGGACUAAAGAUGGAAGAGAACUUUCAGAGCGCGAUCGAGACUUCGGCCUCCUUUUCCUCGUUGCUGGGGAGAGCCGUGAAUCCCAAGUCGGUUUGUGAGGGCUGUCAGCGGGUCAUUUCGGACAGAUUUCUGCUACGACUCAAUGACAGCUUCUGGCAUGAACAGUGUGUUCAGUGCGCCUCUUGCAAAGAGCCCCUGGAGACCACCUGCUUCUACAGAGACAAGAAACUCUACUGCAAAUACGACUAUGAGAAGUUGUUUGCUGUCAAAUGUGGUGGUUGUUUUGAGGCCAUUGCACCUAACGAAUUUGUCAUGAGAGCCCAGAAAAGUGUUUACCACCUGAGUUGCUUCUGCUGCUGUGUCUGUGAACGUCAACUCCAAAAGGGCGAUGAGUUUGUCCUGAAAGAGGGACAGCUACUCUGUAAGGGUGACUAUGAGAAGGAGCGAGAGCUGCUCAGCCUAGUGAGCCCAGUGGCUUCAGACUCUGGGAAAAGCGAUGAUGAAGAUAGCCUUUGCAAGGCAGGCCAUGGGACAGGGAAAGGGGUUGCUGAGGAUGGCAAGGACCACAAGCGCCCCAAACGCCCCAGGACCAUCCUGACCACCCAGCAGCGGAGAGCAUUCAAGGCCUCAUUUGAAGUCUCCUCCAAGCCAUGCAGGAAGGUAAGAGAGACUUUGGCUGCUGAGACAGGAUUGAGCGUCCGUGUUGUUCAAGUUUGGUUCCAAAAUCAGAGAGCUAAGAUGAAGAAGCUGGCAAGACGACAGCAGCAGCAGCAGCAAGAUCAGCAGAGUACACAGAGGCUGAGUUCGGCUCAGACAAAUGGUGGAGGGAGUACUGGAAUGGAAGGGAUCAUGAAUCCCUAUACUGCACUGCCAACCCCACAGCAGCUCCUGGCCAUUGAACAGAGUGUAUACAACUCAGAUCCCUUUCGACAAGGGCUCACCCCACCCCAGAUGCCUGGAGACCACAUGCAUCCUUAUGGUGCUGAACCCCUUUUCCAUGACCUAGAUAGCGAUGACACCUCCCUCAGUAACCUGGGUGACUGUUUCCUAGCAACCUCUGAAGCCGGGUCCCUGCAGUCCCGGGUGGGGAACCCCAUCGACCACCUGUACUCCAUGCAGAAUUCUUAUUUUACCUCUUGA